AUGCUAUUGACGCCACCAUCGUCCCCUCAACUCGCGACUUGCCUUUCACCAGAGGACCGAUUGGGGUGCGUUCUUGCUGGCCGACUCGAACUGGUCUCCAUCCUAGGGAUUGGCGCUUAUGGAGUGGUCUACCAGGCCAUCGACAGACACACAAACAUCCCCUAUGCCGUGAAGGCCCUACCCAAGAUUGGAUUGGAUCCCAGACAACGACGCUUCCAACACCGCGAGAUUGCCCUUCACCACCAAGCCAGCCAACAUCCCAAUGUUGUCUCGCUGCUUCGCAUUCUGGAGAGCCCGGACUGCACAUACGUGGUGAUGGAAUUCUGCCCUGAAGGCGACCUGUUCUCCAAUAUCACUGAACAUGGCCGAUUUGUCGGUGACGACCAACUGGCCAAGCAUGCUUUCUUGCAGAUUUUGGAUGCCGUCCAGUAUUGCCAUUCCAUCGGGAUCUACCAUAGGGACCUCAAGCCCGAGAACAUCCUGGUUACCAACCACGGCCACACUGUCAAACUCGCAGACUUUGGGCUUGCCACCACCGAUUCCAUCACUUCGGACUUCGGGUGUGGAUCUACGUUCUACAUGUCUCCAGAGUGUCAACAAGCGCCCACACGGCCGUACGCCCGUUAUGCCGCUGCACCCAACGAUGUCUGGAGCCUGGGCGUUAUCCUGGUGAACUUGACCUGUGGCCGCAAUCCCUGGAAGAAGGCCUCUCCCGAUGAUUCCACGUUUCGUGCAUUCUUGAAGGAUCCCAAGUUCCUCAGCUCGAUCUUACCCAUCUCCCCUGAGUUGAACAUGAUCCUGAGACGCAUCUUCGAGUGCGACCCGCACAAGAGGAUUACCCUCCAGGAGCUUCGCGAGUUGAUCCUCAAUUGUCCGAGGUUGACGACCAAUUCGUACAAUACCCUCCCUCCGUCGCCUCCUGCGUCUCCCUACGAUUACGUGGACCCAAUGGAUUGUGCCAACAUGGCUCUGCCACCCUCGCCACCUGCUUCGCCAUCUCCGCCACAACAUUUCCAACCUCAACCUUCGGAGUGGUCUUUGUUUGAACCUGCUUCCAAGCAGAGUUCCUCUUGCUCUUCGCUUUCGACGGAUUCCGGAUACGAGUCCGAGGCUCCUUUCCAUGAUGCUGGCCAACGUUUACAACCCCCCGUCUUCAACUUCUAUGGCAACGUUAUUCCGCUGAAUGAGCACGAAAAGCCUUACUAUCCGCAACCGAAUUUUGUUCCUUCGGUUGCCGCGUUUUAA